GCUGCCUCCAUUACGCUGCUGGGUCUCACAGCACUUGUUAUGUUUUUAAGUUUGUCUCCAGAAGAGUUUGGAAACCCAAGUGCCUACAGAGGCCAGUCUGGUGGGAAUGAAGCAGGAAGCCACAGCAGUGACCUGGAGAGCCCCCAAGUUCUUUCCGAAGGAGCAGCCGCUGCUCUGGUCCAGAUAAUUGUUGCAAGGCAGGAAUGUUAACCUAGUGAUGCCACUUUGUCCAGUUUAUCAGGCUACAUUAUUGGAAUUUUGAAGACAUGAAAACAUCAGAUGAACCAACCUGCAACAUCUUGGAUUCAGAUUGGAAGAUGAAGAGAAAGUUUAAAGAAUGUGGCCUAUAAAGGCGGGUAGUACCUGGAAAUAGUAACCAACUCGCAUUGUAAAAAUGAGACUGGUUUCUAAAGAGUAGAGAUUAUUUUAGUCCAACAUCAAGGUUCAAGACAAAAUGUUGAACUAAAAACUUUACCCCACUCCCCUUCCCCACUUCAGACAGGUACCAGCAUUAAGUGAAUAUGAUUUUCCUUAGCCAGAAGCACUCCGCUUUACCCAUGUAGACCAUCCUUAGGAAUUAAAUAUUGGUUAUUUAAUGUAGAUUAUAAUGGGAAACUGAUUUUUUCCACAAUGGCAGAUUUCAAGGACUUGGUUCCAAACUGAGCCGGAGCAUCCCACUGCAUUUUGUACAGUCUGGGAACAGCUAUGCUGCACUGGCCAUUUUUGAAGGCCAUCAUGCCCUGUAAUAUAAGGAUAUCAUCUUCUUGCUGAUAUCUUUGGAGCGUCCCGAGCAGACACAGAAAAUGAAUGGAGGCAAGGAGUGUGACGGAGGGGACAAGGAUGGAGGUCUUCCAGCUAUACAAGUUCCUGUGGGUUGGCAGCGCCGUGUGGAUCACAGUGGAGUGCUUUAUGUCAGUCCCAGUGGGUCUUUGUUAUCUUGCUUGGAGCAGGUUAAAACAUACCUGCUUACUGACGGAACAUGCAAGUGUGGCUUUGAAUGCUCUAAACUGAGGCCAUUCUUUUUCCAGGUGUUUAAUUUUGAUCCGGGAGCUGCUGUGAAGCAGAGAACUGCAGAAGAUGUUAAAGCCGAUGAAGAUGUCACAAAGCUAUGCAUCCAUAAAAGGAAAAUCAUCGCAGUGGCCACACUUCAUAAAAGCAUGGAAGCCCCACAUCCUUCUCUGGUGCUUACCAGUCCCGGAGGAGGAACAAAUGCGACUCCAGUAGUACCUUCACGGGCAGCAACUCCAAGAUCCGUAAGAAAUAAGUCUCAUGAAGGAAUUACAAAUUCUGUAAUGCCUGAAUGUAAGCAUCCUUUCAAGUUAAUGAUGGGAUCAUCAAAUGCCAUGGGAAGGCUCUAUGUACAAGAACUGCCUGGAAGCCAGCAACAAGAACUCCACCCCGUCUACCCCCGGCAAAGAUUGGGCAGCAGUGAACAUGGACAGAAAUCUCCAUUCCGUGGCAGCCAUGGAGGCCUGCCCAGCCCAGCGUCGUCAGGAUCCCAGAUUUAUGGAGAUGGCUCAAUCUCUCCGAGGACUGACCCACUUGGAAGCCCUGAUGUUUUCACAAGAAAUAAUCCUGGUUUUCAUGGAGCUCCCAAUUCCAGUCCUAUUCACCUGAAUAGGACUCCUCUCUCUCCACCUUCAGUAAUGCUACAUGGUUCUCCUGUACAGUCAUCCUGUGCAAUGGCUGGAAGGACUAAUAUACCUCUUUCCCCAACCUUGACUACAAAGAGUCCAGUAAUGAAAAAACCAAUGUGUAAUUUUUCAAAUAAUAUGGAAAUACCACGAGCAAUGUUCCACCACAAACUACCCCACGGCCCACCUCCCCCUCCUCCACCUUCUUGUGCUCUUCAGAAAAAGCCAUUAACAUCUGAGAAAGAUCCACUUGGCAUUCUUGACCCUAUUCCUAGUAAACCGGCGAAUCAGAACCCUGUUAUCAUUAAUCCAACUAGUUUCCAUUCAAAUGUCCACUCUCAGGUACCUGUGAUGAAUGUAAGCAUGCCUCCUGCUGUUGUUCCUUUGCCAAGUAAUCUCCCUUUGCCAACCGUAAAACCUGGUCACAUGAAUCAUGGGAGUCAUGUUCAAAGAGUUCAGCAUUCAGCUUCAACCUCCCUGUCCCCUUCUCCAGUGACAUCCCCAGUGCACAUGAUGGGGGCUGGAAUCGGAAGGAUUGAGGCUUCGCCCCAAAGAUCACGCUCAUCUUCCACAUCAUCAGAUCAUGGAAAUUUCAUGAUGCCACCUCUAGGACCCCAAGCGGCUUGCAGUGGUAUUAAGGUUCCACCCAGGUCACCGAGGUCAACAAUAGGGUCCCCACGGCCAUCAAUGCCAUCAAGCCCUUCCACCAAGUCCGAUGGACAUCAUCAGUACAAGGAUAUCCCUAACCCAUUAAUUGCUGGAAUGAGUAAUGUACUAACUACCCCAAGCAGUGCCCCCUUUCCUGCUGCAUCUGCCGGAAGUGGUUCUGUAAAGAGUCAGCCUGGUUUGCUGGGAAUGCCUUUAAAUCAGAUCUUGAACCAGCACAAUGCUGCCUCCUUUCCAGCAAGUAGUUUACUCUCAGCAGCAGCCAAAGCACAGCUAGCAAAUCAAAACAAACUUGCUAGUAACAACAGUAGCAGCAGUAGCAAUUCCGGAGCUGUUGCUGGCAGUGGCAACACUGAAGGACAUAGCACUUUAAACACCAUGUUCCCUCCUACUGCCAACAUGCUUCUCCCAACAGGUGAAGGGCAAAGUGGUCGAGCAGCGCUAAGAGACAAGCUGAUGUCUCAGCAAAAAGACUCACUGCGGAAAAGAAAACAGCCUCCUACCACGGUUCUGAGUUUGCUCAGACAGUCUCAAAUGGAUAGUUCUUCAGUUCCCAAACCUGGACCCGACUUGCUGAGGAAGCAAAGUCAGGGUUCUUUCCCCAUCAGUUCAAUGUCUCAGUUACUACAGUCUAUGAGUUGUCAAAGCUCUCACUUGAGUAGCAAUAGUACCCCGGGUUGUGGGGCCUCCAAUACUGCUUUGCCUUGCUCUGCUAACCAGCUGCAUUUUACAGAUCCCAGUGUGAACUCCAGUGUUCUUCAGAAUUCACUGACACAGAACAUCCCUGUACGAGGGGAAGCCGUGCACUGCCACAACGCAAACACUAACUUUGUUCACAGUCACAAUUCAGUCCCCAACCACCAUCUUGCAGGUUUGAUCAAUCAGAUUCAGGCUAGCGGGAACUGUGGGAUGCUCAGUCAGUCGGGCAUGGCUUUAGGAAACUCAUUACAUCCCAAUCCACCUCAGUCAAGAAUUUCAACGUCCUCCACUCCAGUGAUACCAAACAGCAUUGUUAGCAGCUAUAAUCAAACAAGUUCUGAAGCAGGCGGUUCAGGACCCUCAUCCUCCAUCGCCAUCGCUGGCACCAGCCAUCCUGCCAUCACCAAGACAACAUCUGUUCUCCAGGACGGCGUCAUCGUCACCACCGCGGCGGGAAACCCACUGCAGAGUCAGCUGCCCAUCGGGAGUGACUUUCCCUUUGUUGGCCAGGAGCACGCACUUCAUUUUCCAUCCAACAGCACUUCCAACAACCAUCUUCCACACCCCUUGAACCCCAGCCUCCUCAGUUCUCUGCCUAUCUCUUUGCCAGUGAAUCAACAGCAUCUCCUAAACCAGAACCUAUUAAAUAUCCUCCAGCCUUCAGCGGGAGAAGGUGACAUGUCCUCAAUAAACAAUACUUUGAAUAAUCAUCAACUGACUCAUCUACAGUCGCUGUUAAACAACAAUCAGAUGUUUCCUCCAAAUCAGCAGCAGCAGCAGCAGAUUCUUCAGGGGUACCCGAAUCUCCAGGCAUUCCAAGGACAGCCCACAAUUCCCUGCCCAGCUAACAAUAACCCCAUGGCUUGUCUGUUUCAGAACUUUCAGGUGAGAAUGCAGGAAGAUGCAGCUCUCCUAAACAAAAGACCCAGCGCUCAGCCGGGGCUCACUGCACUUCCUGAGAACCCGAACACGACACUCCCACCUUUCCAAGAUACAGCUUGUGAGUUGCAACCGAGGAUUGACCCAUCUCUUGGCCAGCAGGUGAAGGACGGCCUCAUUGUGGGUGGCCAAGGUGAUGCCUCUGUAGAUGCCAUUUACAAGGCAGUUGUCGAUGCUGCCAGCAAAGGAAUGCAGGUUGUCAUCACCACAGCAGUCAACAGUACAACUCAGAUCAGCCCCAUUCCAGCUCUGAGUGCCAUGAGUGCCUUCACUGCUUCGAUUGGUGACCCAUUAAGUCUCCCCAGUGCUGUCAGUGCAGUCAUUCAUGGACGGAACAUGGGCAAUGUCGAUCACGAUGGUAGGCUGAGGAAUGCAAGAGGGCCCCGGCUGCCCAGGAAUCCGGACCAUGGGAAAAACUCACACGAAGGAGAUGGGUUUGAAUAUUUCAAGUCAGCAAGUUGCCACGCAUCUAAAAAACAGUGGGAUGGGGAGCAGAGCCCUGGAGGGGAGCGAAACAGGUGGAAGUGUGAGGAAUUUUUAGAUCAUCCAGGCCAUAUUCACAGUAGUCCUUGUCACGAAAGGCCCAACAAUGUCUCUACACUGCCAUUUCUGCCUGGGGAACAGCACCCAAUACUGUUACCACCAAGAAACUGUCAAGGGGAUAAAAUUCUGGAGGAAAAUUUCAGGUAUAAUAACUACAAAAGAACUAUGAUGAGUUUCAAGGAGAGACUAGAGAACACUGUGGAAAGAUGUGCACACAUCAAUGGGAACAGACCUCGACAGAGUCGUGGCUUUGGAGAGCUGCUGAGCACCACAAAGCAAGACCUGGUCCUAGGGGAGCAGUCUCCAAGCUCCUCAAAUAGUUUGGAAAGUUCUCUGGUCAAAGACUACAUCCAUUACAAUGGAGACUUUAAUGCCAAAAGCAUUAAUGGGUGUGUGCCUAGUCCUUCAGAUGCUAAAAGCAUUAGUAGCGAAGAUGACCUACGGAAUCCUGACUCCCCCUCUUCAAACGAGUUGAUACAUUAUAGGCCAAGGACGUUCAAUGUUGGCGACUUGGUCUGGGGCCAAAUCAAAGGACUGACAUCUUGGCCUGGAAAAUUAGUAAGAGAAGACGACGUUCACAAUUUAUAUCAACAAAGCCCCGAGGAAGGGAAGGUGGAGCCCGAGAAGCUGAAGACACUAACAGAAGGUUUAGAAGCCUACAGCCGAGCCCGGAAAAGAAACAGAAAAAGUGGAAAGCUAAAUAACCAUUUAGAAGCUGCUAUUCAUGAGGCCAUGAGUGAACUGGACAAAAUGUCUGGGACUGUUCACCAAAUCCCACAUGGAGACAGACAAAUGAGGCCCCCCAAACCCAAGAGGAGGAAGAUCUCCAGAUAACAGGGACUACUACACCAUGCACAGUGUUUAUGAAAGGAACGUGCACAGAUCUCUCUGCAUAUAGGUAUUGAUAUAGCCACCGUUAUAUCAAUAUUUAUACCAUGGCAGAGAGCUACAGCCCCCACAGGGUGCUAAAAGAAACAGUGAUACAAUAUUUUUUUGAUCAGGAAGGAUAAUGAAUGCUGGAAAAACCAAUCAAAAUCCCUGGGUGAUGGGCGUGAUAAAUGGUCAAGAGAUGACUGAGAAACCCUUUUUUUCUAUAACACUAAAAUUGUGAUUAUAAGAGAUAGUCCAAAUGUUUCUGAAGACUUUUCAAUGUUGUAUAUAGAAAAUACAGAAUUUCAUGGUGAUAUCAGAAAUGUAAAUAUUGUACAAUAUUGUCAUGUACAAGCGUACUUAAUGCACACUUUAUCUUUUAUUGUACAAAGAAAUAGUGUACAAAAUUCUUUGGUUUCUAUGGAGUACACCUACCAGAGACUACCAGUGUAAAGUGAUAAAUAAAAAUACAACCUAAAUGCUUUUCUAUGAUAAUGUAAAAGAUGCUGUUUUUGUAUUUAACAGCAGAGAAAAGGCAUGAUGAUGUGCAUUCCCUGAAUUAUGACAUACACUGCACACCACUGAGUGUCCAUUUAUAUUGUCUGUUUGGACGCACUUGGCCUGCAAGCACUGGACUUGACCUCGGGUGUCUAGGAAGUCGAAACCUUGCGGAUUUCUAAAGGGUUGAGGGCUCACAGGUCUAAAUUAAGAAUUCAGAAACUGCAACCAUUUGUUGCAUAUUUUUUUUACCUAAGUUUUAAAGUAGAAUAGGUUUUAUAAAAAAAAAAAAUCUUAGAGGGAAUAUUUUACUCAGUCAUUUCUGUAGGUAACGUUUGAUAGCCACCUAUUGAACUAGAUUGCUUAUGCUGCACCACCGUGAUGCUCAGAGCUAAGUUUCUUUGCAAACAAUACCUGACAAGAUAAAACUUUCUUCUGCUCCUGUACAUGAAGGCUAAAGCCCCACUUUGAAAUCAUCAUCAGAGGGAAGGUUGGUUAUAAUUCAGUUUUCCUUUGGGGGCAAAAAGAAAUAUGAAUCAUCAAAGCAAGUUUCAUAUAUCCAUCCAUUUAUCAGUAUUACUUAAUCCGCAAGCUAAGGUGGCUUUCAAAAUUAUUAGCAAUGGUAAUUUUUUAUCAGUAUUAUGUAACAUAUCAGAUUUAUUUUAUUUAAAGAAUUAUUUAUACCAUUAACAGAUUCUUAUAUAUAUAUAUAUAUUAAUGUGGCUGAAAUGUGCAGGUUAAAUCUAUUAACCAAAUUAUUUAUAUUAUAUUAAAUAAGAAACAAAUUUGAAACAAAUGUAGAAAGAAAAUACUACAUUACAAGUAUACAAGCCUAAAACUGUGAGCCAUUGUAAAGUACAAGGUUAUUAAUAAGAAAUGUAGCACAACAUAAUUUUCUGUCUUUUUUUUUUUCCACAAUUUUUGUGGUGGUGGUAUAACCCUAUCUCCCAAGCAAUUGAACAAAUUUUCAGGCCUCCAUCCAGGCUUCUGUUGAUGUAUUGUCAAAAGAAGUCCAUUAUUCCUUUAUUUUUCCUACGACCAGCCCCACCCCCAAAUUCUUACUCCCAUAAGGAGCGCUGCCUUGUCCCCCUAGUCCAGGGCUCACUCAGCAGCUUAGUGAUCAGGCUGCUGGGAGGCCCUCCAAUAGCUCACCCUGACUCCUCUCUCAUCCAUCCCCCAAACUCCUCAGUCCCAUGAUGUAGCAGAGUUCCAGUAACUCAGGAAAAAGGAGACCAAGCUCAUUCCUCCAACUGGUUUCUUGGGGCCACAGCACAGAACACUCCUCCUGGGCUGUUCUGUAAUAUCAGCAGCUCUUAAUUCUUCCCCCAGGUCUCCUGCGUCUCUGUGUCCUUUCCACUCCCACCCUCAGCCCUGUCCCCAAGCAACUGGCCACACUGGGCUCCAUGGGCUGGAGGGAGGGACCUUUCCUUCUGGGGUAGGUUCGUUUUGUCUUUCCCCAGUCCUAGAGUCAUCUUUUGUGUAGUUGAGUUGGCCCAUUUUUGUAAUUAGUUGAUAUGUUCAGUGUGUUUCAACCAUUAACGUUGUCCAUUUUUUGUGCACCAACCUGCUUUUCUACUGUUUUGUUUUAUAUGAUUGAUUUCAGUCACAGAUAAGUGCCUAUGUCUGUCAAGGCACGUGUGUGUGUGUGUGUGUGUGUGUGUGUGUGUGUGUUCAUAUGUACAAGUUUCUUCAGCCUUUGCUUUUUUGUCUUCAGACUGAGUUUGUGUCAAUCAAGCCUUCCUUUUGAUAUUUUAAACUAAGUGGGUUUGUGCUUCCCCCACCCAUGUAUACUUUACAUCAGUAGACCAUGUAAAGUAUGUUUGCACCCAUGAUUUCAUUGGCUGCUCACAGCUUUGAUGUGGGUGUUAUGUGUGGUUGUUUCAGUCCACCAGGGUUUUUCCCCCCCUUUCUCUUUUACAGUUAUAUGAUUUCAUGUAAGCAGUUAAUGUAAACAUUGUUGGCAUGACAGGUCAUGCAGAGCUGUAACAUUUUUUUUUAAUGUUGCACCUACUUUACAAUUAAAAAACUGGUCACCAUACUUAAAUUUUGCCCAUAGAGCCAUUUCUUUCUCUUUGUAUUAAAGCCAAUUCAUUUUUUUUAAAUGAAGGCUAGCCCUUCUACGUUAGUACAUUUUUUUAUUCCCUAAAAUAAACUCUUCCCCCUAAUAUAUCUGAGAAUGGAAACAGAAUGAAAAUGUUUUGCUCCUUUUAAGAACUUAAUAGCUCCCCUUGGAAAAGGCAAACUGAUUUUAUUCUGUUCCCCUAACAGCCUUAGGAAGCACAAGGAGAAUAAACUAUACCUUUAUGUUGUACCCAAAGAUUAUUUCCAACAAGUGAAAAUUAACAGAGCAGCUCUUGUUUGAUUUGUCUUGUUUGUGGCAUUAAAAGCAAUCGAGUUUUUAUUUAUUUAAAGGAACAUUUCAAUUCUAUUGUGACUAUCAAUACUUUAAGAAGAAUACUCAUCCCUUGUGAUAUCAUGGGCCACUUCUAGUCUUUUAAUUAGACCCUGACUUUGAGUUAUUUGCUGUGUCUGUUUUUUUUAAGUAAUCACAACCUUCUGUUUUGAACAUACAGCAGAAUUGUGGGAGGAGCAGAGGGCAGUUAUUUUGUUUUCCGUUAAGUUUUAUGAAAAUUCUCUACUGACUUACCCCAUGAGGAGAUUCCUUUUUCAUUUCAGAGCGCAGUUACUUUGGUAAUCGUCUGUGCUGUGUGCAACGUGCCUGUGUAAGUCACAGGCCAUUCUGCACUGAGAUUUUAAAAUCUAAGAUGCGUAAGAUGCUAGUGACAUUGCUCUUUGUGAAAAGAAAGCCAAGGAUUCUAGACCUUACCGAAAAUCUGAAAUCUUGUUUACAUUGCCCAUUUAUGCCCAAAUAGUGUAACACAAGACUCAAGACAUGUCACUGUCAUGUAUAAAAUGAGUUAUGCAAUACUUUAUUGAUGUGGGGGCUGUGGCCAAAUUAAUAACCUGAUAUUAAGAACUGUAAUAUUGAAUUAGUUUAUCUUUUUCUUUCAUUCACUCUACCACAUUUGCAUUAGCCAAAGAGAUAAGAACAUUAGUAAUUCAUGUGUGUAAAAAAAAAAAAAAACCCUAGUGAUUUUUAAAUCAGUGAGCCAAAAAGCAAUAAGCAAUUCCAGCAUGGGAUAUCCUGCUAAGAGUAGGGAAUCUGAUGGAGAAAAAAAAUAUACAAAAAGCAUUUUCUUAAAUAUGAAAGAUUAAUUUGUAUCUACUGUAAAUAUGUAUUAUCAGCCUUACCUGCUUUUAUACACACUGUGUGUGUACUUCAGUGACCUUUUAUAAACCGGGGGAAAAAAUGGUUGAUUUACUGAUUUGUUCUGUAAAUACAAAGUUGUCUAUAAAUUGGAAAAUUUGAUGCCGGAUGGCUUCACAAUAUACAAAUGUGUUUUGUAA